AUGAUAUAUGCUAAGCACAGAACACAUGAAAAGCUCUGUCAUUCAGGGUAUAUACAGGGAAGUCUCCAUCGCUUCUUUGCUAGCUUUUAUUUGCUAUUCUUCUUUGUGAGGCUUGGGUAUGCCAAAAAGGUCGUGCGGGUAAGGUUUCUGGAGUACGAGACAAAGGAAACUAUGGCUGGACUCGACUUAUUACGAAUUUCCCUGUCAUUAGAAAUUCAACCACUAAAAUACAAACCGGUCUCCAUGGUGGAAUAGGUAGUGGUUUGUGUGUUUUCUUCCGUGCUUGGGCUUGCACUCAUUGAGUUCAGUAAGCACGAGCACUCGAAUGACGAUACCAGGGCAUUGUUCGUCUUGAUAUAUCUCAUUAAAUGAGACGAAAAAGGCAAAAUAGUUUCAAUUAAAACUUACCAGGAUCACAAAAAGAAACAAUAGAAGCAAUUUAAUCGACAUUGUGAAAUAUUGCCGCUACAACAGUGUAUUCGUUUUAUAUACGAAUUACACUCAAUCGUCCAAACAUAGCUUUGUAAUUACAAGACACUACAACGCCCUAUUGUUACGUGUCAUCGUCAUAUGAUCAAGGGUUUUUACUUUACUUUUCACCCUCCUGUUAUGAACAAAAUUUUGAAUGAUGAAAUUCUUUGCACUAUGAUUUGGAAAAACGUUGCUGACUGCGAGAUAAUGCGACGUUUCCAUAGUAUUUUGUAAAUGUUUUCAUGUGCAACUGUUGCCGUCAGAACUCGAAAAUCACGCAAGUACAGCGAACUCACGAGAUUUCUGUAUUUUCUUCACAAGUCGGUUCAGAGUGAAGUAUUUCAAGAGCUACAGAUAUCGUUCAGAACAGCUCGUCAAGCUUCACAAGAAGAUUUCGUGAAGUUUCGAAAACCACGACUUCGGAUUGCGCCAUGCAGUAGAGCCCCAUCUCAACUGCUAACUGAAUGCGCACGUGGCGCACGGUUAUGCAAGCUAAUAAGCCACCAAGAAAAAAGCGCUAGAGACACCUUGUGGAGUGCGUCAGACACUCGACUCCAUCAAAUGCAUCGUGGACUUGAUUGGAUGUAUGUGAGGUUCCUGUCGCAUUUUAAUGUGCGAAUUAACUGAAAGUAUUAUCGCUGCAAAACGACUGUCUAAUUUGAUCCAAUCCUUUGAGGCGAGUUACUUCUCUGGCACGCGCUCUAACCUGGUUUUGUGAGACUUCCUCAUGUUGAAAGGAACAUUUCGGGAUGAAAGAUAGUAAAGUCAGGGAUGAAAUCGUUUCACCAUCGAGAAUUACGCUUAGUGUACUGCAGGAAUAUAUUGUAGUAAACCACUCGAUUGUAGGCAAGCACAUCCUUCGGGGUAUGACCCCAUAUAGCUGCGCGGCAUAACCUAAAAGACUACCUAUUUUUCCUUCUGUUCUCAACAGCAUGGUUGACGCAUUCCAGGUUCGCUUUCACCGGAACUUAGAAGCAAACUAUUUCCCCUGCGAUCGAGUAGGUUGUUAUAUUUCUGCCGUAGUCGAGAGAGUUACCAUGAUCAUCUACCGCCUGCACAUUAGAGAUGGAGACUGAACCUAAUCAAUCAUUAAACUUUGUACUGAGUGAAAUCGAGCGGCGUACUCUGAAGCGGAUUCUGAAUACUUUAUCCUCACAGACUUUCAGCCUCUACAAGCACUGAAGCGUGUACCCCGUAUACUUGCAGUUUUCGAAUGGAACUCAAGUGCUUCGCGCAAUCUGGAACUAAGCGUUUCCAAUACAUUUGGCUAUCUGCUAAUAGAGCUAAGUUAGCUAAGGUCAACAAUCUUCAGCUCCUGGAGUAAUCCACUCUGAACCUACUUGUGGGGAAAGCAAGAAAGAUGCGCGAGCUCGCGGUAAUGGAGUAAAUUUUCGAGUUCCUACAGCGAGUACUGUACGAAGGGCACGCUGAGUCAUGCACGCUUUAACUUUGGCUGCACCAUUCCCUCAAAGUCAACAUAGACGGUUCGAUUUUAUGGGCCAGACAGUGGUAUGAAUGGUUAUAAAUUUGCCUUUCUGAGUUUUUCAAAAACUUGAAUCGCUGAACGAUGUUUCAUUCGAAAGCUCUAGCAUCUGACCUGGCCGAAAUUGCUAUAUUCUUUAGUGUUACAUACUGGGAGCCAUAUAGAAGCAUUGUCGGCCAAAUCGGGCAGAGUGAUGACAUCUUAAUCUUCCAUGCUGUUAAAGGCAAAAGGGCUGGGGUGAGAAUAGCCAAGUCCUUGAUAGAUUUGAAAAGCAUGCUUUGGCCCCUCUGAAUACCGAUAGACCCGCUGUCAAACAACCAAUUCAAUUCGAAUAACUUCGGUUUUUGCAGUGACGGGCAAAGCAUGAACAAAAUAUUUCGCAAUACUUAAUAUUGACCUUUUUCACAUUUUCAACGAACGACCAUGUUGCGAAUUUCAGAAAUCUAGCCGGGGUAGUAUUUCGAUGAACUAUUUCUCCAUUCCUUUUGAAAACUACAAAGUAAUUGUACCUAAGGAGGAAGGGGAAGAGGGGAUAGGGGAAAGGAGGGGUGAAAGGGAGGAUUUGUUGAAUAUUUGAUUGAUAUUUUAGGUGGUGCAUUGCGAAUGCUCGUUCACUUUUAACAGUUCUAAGUGAGUGCGCAGGAGAAAGUGAAAACUUCCCAUGUUAUUCUUAAGAAUCAUUCCAGUAUUCUUUGCCUCCUGUAAAUCUCUCAUGAUGGAAUAUAUGUGUUAACCCAGGUAGUAAACAAUAGAAGGGAAGUUUGCCUUCGGAACUGUCAUUGGGAUCAGUACGCGAGUGCUGGUUCAGUUUCAGUGAAUAGUCGAGUAUGUCAAAGUAUUUACUACUUUCACGGAACAACAUUCCGAACUAGAGAAAAAGAGGUGAUGCACCGGGAGGAACACAAAGAUAUUCGGGGUCGCAAGUGUCGCCAGAGGGGCAAGCCGAACACGGAGUACCCUUCUCGUAGAGAUGUUCAUUCAAUAUAUUGCCUCUGAAAAAGUAUCAUUCAAAACUGUUCGUUAGUUUUUGUCUGAGUUUUCGUAAAAGUAUUUACCUCAUGCUGAUCAGUAAGGGGGGAUUUACCAGGAUAGUGUAACAAAGGAUCUCGGGUCCGGCCGAAAGCUUCUAAUUUGCGAAUAUAGGCUUGAUUUGAGCAUCAGGCAAACUCACCCGGGUUUAUAGUGACACACAGCAGACCAUUGGCUAUCUCCACAAGAAACGACAGCACAACCAAAAUACUGGGUAGUUGCCCAGGCCAUCUGCAAAAACAGUUAUUUUCAACAUGUAGCCAGGGAUCGUAUUGAGGCUAGAUAGUUUUGGUAAAAAAUAGAAAAGAGCCAUACCCUGGUAAACCAGGCGGUUGGAGUGCCCUCAUUAUAUGUAGUAUAUGUUACUCCUUGGCCGAUGCCUCCGUUCAUUCUUAUUUGACUCCACCACUGUUUUAUAGCCUAGAUGUGCAUUUGGCGUCUAGAACAUGGUGUGAUUUUUCAAGCUAACAAAUUUAACUUACCACAAUGAUUGCAUCUUGAGGAUUUUGAGCCCCAGCACUUGCCGGCACCAAAUAGACGUUCUCCUGUAUGUCAGAGGGUAGUGAUGGCAUGGGAUUUCCCGAACAUCUUGUAGCAGAACUAACAGCACUGUUCUCCAGGUCGCAGUUGUAUAGCUGUAAAUGAAUCAGGAUUUCUCAUUUAUCAACGCUUUCCUUUACUCUUCGUAGGUUUGUGAUGCAAAAGUCGUGGGCAGGAGUGUCCAGCGUGUUCAAGCGAACAGUCAAGGCGGGGAGACGAAGACCGAGAAUAGGAAGUACUGUCACCUUCGCGAAAUUUGCAAUUUUCUCCUCUUUGCCACACUGACUCCAAGUUAUGGCUUUUCUAUGAUAUUAGGGACUUGAAUAAAUUUUUUGACUUCCUUAACGGAUAAUGCACCCCUUCAAAGUAGAAACCAUAAUAGAAUCCAAACCACAGUACCAGUCUUAGCAUGUUGCUUGCUUGUGGCAGAUCUUUUCCGUUUUUGUUCUUGACCAAACCUUGUGCAAGCCGAGAUCUGAAACAUAUUAUAUGCAUGUGAUUAUUUAGGUCUUACGGUUUCACAAAAAAAUCCAAGAACCAUACAUUACCUGCGAUAGUUAUGGGCUAUUAUUGAUUUAUUCCUUGUCAUAUCGUCCAUAACGUGGUUAUGCGGGCAGAUUCUGUUAUCUGAACUAGUAAGUGGAAAAAAAUGUAAUAGACUCAAGAUUUACUGCAAGAGAUGUAAGGCUGCGAAAACGAGGGUUUGGAAAAUGCGCUGCUUUAAAUACCGACCUGGGUUUACUGUGGAUGUUGUUGUCGAUGUUGUUGUCGUGGUCGUGCUGGUGCUGGUAGUGGAGCUGGUGCUCGUACUGGUGCUGGUGCUGGUGCUUGUGCUGGUGCUGGUGCUUGGAGUUGUUGGACUGCUCGUUGUUCCUGAUGUGUUGGACUAUGGAUAUUUAUUUGAACCUGUUCAUUCUUUUUCUUUCCACAUUCUUGUUGAAAUAGGAUGCCAAAAGCAAUCAGGGUAUCGUGUACGGGAAAUGCUGUCAUAGGUCGGAGGUCGUUCCCAGGAUAUACCUUGGACUCUACACUCGAACAAUACGGAACUGCACACCGGAGAACAGAAUCCAAAGUGGUCUAAUGUUGAUGGAUCCUAUUUUGUGCCAAAAUCAGGACCAUCUGCCAAUUUCAUUGAAUGCAACCCAAGAUAUGGGUGACUAUCUGCGAAGGGAGUCUUCUUCUCGGAAAACACCACUCCGGCGCUUCUCUGAAGGAAGUACGAAGUGACUACGAGGUCCCUCUCACUCCACGUGCCCUUGUCAAUAUGAACCUAAGGUCCUCGAGCUGCAAUUCGCGAAUGAGGCCGUCAUUUCGAAUAAGAAUUUUCUUGGUGUACAGCAUAGUAUGCAGUUCCAAGGGGUUCCAAUCAUUUAGAGCCAAAUUGUUGCUGCACCGCAAAUACUUUGGUACCAUUACGACGGCUCACCCUCUACUUACCAGUGCUCGUACUAGUGUGGGCGGUUGUUGUCUCCGUGCUUGCUUCUGUACUGCUUGAGCUCAUACUUUCAACUGUUGGACUGCUCUUGCUCAUCUCUGGAGUGUCGAUUAUAAAUGGUUCCAUAUUCAUAUCCAGGAGUGCACUAGUGAGUAGAUUUUUGGAAAUUUUCAUAAUUUAAAUUGAUUACCAGUAGUAGUAGUAGUGUGGGCCAUGGAUGUUUCCGUGCUCGCCUCAUUGCUGCUGCUGCUGCUGCUCAUACUUUCACUUGGUGAAGUGCUCUUGCCGGUUUCUGAAGCACCAUUUAAGAAAGUGCCAGUGAUUUCGACAAAAUAGUCCUGAUUGGAGGAAUGUUCGGAAAUAUUCAUUGCAAAAAACGCUCACCGGAGCUCACAGUACUAGGAGCCGUACUUGUCUCUUCACUCAUUUCUGCACUGCUACUUGUGCUUCCAGUCCCUUGAGUGCUCUCGCUCAUUCCUGAAAAUGGAGUGAGGCAAACCGUGGUUGACUUCAGGGUUGAGAAGAAAUUCAUGGGAUUCUCAGAAAACUUCAUGCGCAUAGUAUAGUACUAACCGGAGCUCAUGGUGCCAGAGGCCGUGCUUGACUCUCCACUUACACCGGAGCUGCUGCUCGUGCUUCCAGAAGCUGGAGUGCUCUCGCUCAUUCCUGGAACGUUAUGUCGGAAGAAGUUCUUUGGUAGAAUACUCAGAAAACUUCAGUGCGCAUAGUACUAACC